AUUUCAGAUCCAACUUCAAUCGUCGGUGAAGGAUAUAGAGAAUCCAAAUGGGUCGUGGAGUCGAUCAUCGAAAAGGCCUUGCAGCAGACGGCACUCAAUGCGACUGUAGUUCGUAUAGGUCAAGUUUGUGGAAGUGUCAAUGGUUUGUGGAAGACGCACGAGUGGUUCCCCAUGAUAGUGAAGUCGAGCCAGCAUCUUGGAUGUCUACCUACGGAUGACCGCGUUCUUACGUGGAUCCCUGCAGACAUAGCCGCAGCAGCCAUCAUCGACCUCCUCGGGACAACUCUACCCCUCGCACACAUCGCCCAUCCCAACCCCGUCUCUGGGGCACUCAUCAUGGACGCCAUAGCCACAAGACUUUCACUUGUCACUGUUUCUCGGUCUGAAUGGUUAGAGAGACUCGAAGCCAGCAUACCGGCUACGCGUACAAAAGAAGAAAGGAAAAGAAAUCCAGCUGUACGUCUUCUUUCGAUGAUGCGUGGGAUUAUGUUCGAGAUCCCAGUGUCGAUUGAAGGUAAGGGGAAGGGGUUUGGUGCAUUCAAUAUGCCGAUUGUGGCGGUUGAUAACACGAAGAAGGCUUCGAGAGUAAUGGGGGAGGCGACGCCUCUGACACAGGAUAAUGCAACGAGGUGGAUUGAGAAGUGGCAGGACGUGGGUUUUCUCGAUAAAGAGCCUGAGUCUGCAGUCGACAUUCGUAUUGCGCGCUUAUGA